AUGAUCGUCGGAGUAAUGGAGUUUCCGGUCCUCGAGUGGGCUCCCGGGGUUGUCCUAUCUGCGAUCGAGAACACCGCUCUCGUCACCAUCAAGGAGGAACCCACAGACAAUGAUGCCCAGGCUCUCCUGAACGCAGGCUCCACAAACCCGAAGGAAAACGAGCAGCAGGCACAGGGCGACGCGGCGGCAUCUCAGACACGCGAAGACAGUACUAUCGGCGUGAAGCUCGGGCUGGUGGAUACGCUCAAGAGCGCUCUCACCGCGGCGGUCACCGUGCAGGCGCGGGAGAUACAACUUGAGGCGGACGUCGCAUUAUACAGAGGCCAAGUGGAGCGGCUGGCGACCCGCGAACGUGAGCUCCAUGAGAGGGAGAAUGGUCUCCAUGUGCAGGCGGCGCGGAAGGACGCGGAGCUGGCCGACGCGCGGUAUCAAUGGGCGCAGGAGCGAAUCCGGGUACUCGAGGCAAAUACGGAGAGGGAGCGGGUCGCGCGCGAAAUGCGCGACGUGCAGGUGCUGCUCGAUCAGGAGAAGACGAAGGGAGCGCAGGGUGACGCCGCGGGACGGGCUGCACAGGCAAACAUUGCUUCGCUGCGAGCAGAACGAGAUGGGCUUCAGACAGAGUUGCAGACGACUCGCGAUGCUGUUGCAUCGGCGCAGGCACAACUGACAUCGGUGCAUGAGCGAGAGCUCAAGGCCGAAACCGAUAGGGGAGAGCGUGCAGAGCGAUCGGCGCUUGAGCUCAGCAAGAAGCUAGUAAGGUUACAGGUGGAACUGCGGAGCGAUAACACUGUCCUCCGCGAGCAAGUCGAGGCGCUGACGAAGGAGCUGGAGGGUGAGCGUGCUGAGGGCUCAGCUAGGCGAGAACAGCUGGCAGCAGAGGCCUCAUCGUUGCGAUUACAAUUGAAGGCUGCCAACGAGAACAAGAUUAUUGGUGUGCACCGUGUCGUCGAAUGCUGCGAAGCUAUAACUAACGAGUCGUCCCCUUCUACAGAGCUCCAAGAGAUAUCUGCGGAGAUGAAGAUCUCUCAGGCAAAGAUACUCGGUCUCGAGACGCAGCUGCGCGUCGAGCGGGCUGCACGCGAAGCGGAAGGACGGUGUAUCGGCGCGAUGACCGCUGAGGCUGAGGCCGAGCGCGUGCAUCGUGAGCGGUGUGGGCACUGUCGGGUCGGAGCAGCGUCCUGGUGA